UCGCGCGUCGUAACAACCACGAUUUUAACUAAGUAUAAUUUAUAAUUUAUGUUCAAACUUUCCACUUCACGCUUCUAAACUCUGAUCAUCACUACCUUUCUGGCUCCGCCGUUCAUCCCUUCCACCACUGCGGCUUUUCUUCAUACAGGUGACAUGCAUUCUCGACGCUUGACUUCGAGCGUCAUCUUUGUUUCUUGUGCAUGCAUUUCCAUGUUUAUUCUGUAUACACAGGGUCGUUUUUGAAGAAUUCGUAUAUCCAUAUGAUUUAAUUCUAAACUGCCAGCGGAGAGCAUAGGAUUCAUAUUCGGCAGAAGUAGUUAUGGCAUUAACAAUAAUCAGAAAGAAUUUUUUGUUGCACCCUUACCUCCUUUUUCCCUCCCAGAAUCGCAACCUUAUCAAUCUUUUGUCUUCAACCCCGAACUUAAACACCGUUUGUGAUUCAGCAGCUUAUUUAGACACAGUGGAAACUCAAAUUUCAUCUUUGUGUCAAAAAUCCAAUUCCAGCGUUCAAUUUAGGGAAGCUUUUUCGAUCUUUCAGCAAUCUGUUGAUAUGGGCCUCAUCCCAUCGGGGCCGACUUGCAAUCUUCUUGUGCCAGUCCUUGCCAAGAGUAAAGAUUACAAAAUGGCCUUUGAGAUAUACAAGAAAAUGACAAGUGCUGGGGCUUUGCCCACGUAUUUGUCAUUGUCUGCUUUGGUUGAGUGCUUGGUGCAUUUCGGCGUGCCCCAAGUGGCACUGGCCGCAACUGGGCUGAUUUUGAAGCACGGGUACAGCGUCAACGUGUAUGUUGCGAAUAUCAUAUUGCGUGGUUUUUGCUCUGAUGGAUGUGCUGUUAAGGCUGAGGAAUUCUUAAGUGAAAUGCAUAGAAAUUCAGUGACUCCUGAUAGAGUUAGUUUCAAUACUUUGAUAAAGGGAUUUUGCCAGGAGAGGAAGUUAAACCAUGCAAUGAAUCUAAAGAAAAGGAUGGAGGAUGCAGAAAUUAUUCCUAAUUUGAUCACAUAUAAUAUUCUGAUGAAUGCUUAUUUUAUGGAGGGUCAGGUGGAAGAAGCAAUUGGCCUGCUUGAAGAAAUGAAGAUCAAAGGGUUGGAGCCUGAUGGCAUUGUAUAUGGCACGCUAAUAAAUGGAUUAUGCAGUAAUGGAGAUGUUGAUAGAGCAAAGGGGUUCUGGAAAGAGAUAUUGAACAAGGGCAUUUCUCCAAAUAGAAUUACUUAUUCCUGUUUGAUGCGUGGUCUCUGUCAGAAGGGGCAAUUGAAACAAGCCAAGUUUUUGUUCAAUGAUAUGAUAAAAAGUGGGAUCCGGCCUGAUGUUGUCACAUUUACAGGUAUGAUUGGCGGGCUUUGCGAAUUCGGGAGAACAGAUAAAGCAGUGGAAUUGUUUGAUUUCAUGCUGGAGAAGGGUGAAGAGCCUACUACUGCAACGUAUAAUAUUCUAAUUGGUGGAUUAUGCAAGGCAGGACUGCUAGAUGAUGCUUCAAAAUUUCUGGAAAUGAUGGUAGAUAAGGAUAAGAAACCUGAUAUUGUUACUUGCAAUACUGUAUUGAGAGGAUUCUGUGACAUUGGGAGAGUUGAUGGAGCCAUGAAACUUUUCAAUUCAAUGCUGUUGAACAAGUUUGUUGAGCCUGAUUCGUGGACAAUUAGUACGCUAGUCCAAGGACUGUGCAGGGAAGGCAAUCUUAAGCAGGCAGAACAAAUUAAUCGCAGGAUGGCUGAACUCAAGAAACUAAUGGAUGUUGCACCAUAUACCGUGCUAAUCGGAGCUUAUCUGAAGGCAGGUAACGUAAAGAAAGCUAUGAACCUUUGGAGAGAGCUUUUGGAAUUGGGUUUGGUUCCAGACUCAAGGACUUAUAGUGCUGUGAUUGAUGGGUUAUGCAGAUGUAACUUCAUGAACAUAGCAAAAGGUAUUUUUACUAAAAUGAGGACCCACGGCCCAACUCCUACCUCAUUUGAUUACAACAACUUGAUGGCUGCCUUAUGCCAGGAAAGUAGCUUAGAGCAAGCAAGAGCAAUGUUCCGAGAUAUGGUCAAUGGUAGUUGUAAACCCGAUGUUGUCUCGUACAACAUUAUGGUCCAAUCAACAAUUAAAGCAGGGGAUAUUGAGUCUGCCAACAAGUUACUGGUUGAUAUGCAGCAGAGGGGUCUGAAUCCUGAUGUUUUAACCUUUUCAAUUUUGAUUAAUAGGUUUUCAAAAUUAGGACUGAUGGAAGAAGCUAAAAGCAUAUUUGAAAGAAUGAAUAAAUCUGGGUUCCCACCAAGUGUAUUUGUCUAUGAUUCUUUACUCAAAGGGUUCAAGGCAGAGGGCAAAACAGAAGAAAUACUCAAUUUGCUUCACAGAAUGGCAGACGCUGGUGUUCUUCUUGAUGCUGAACUCACUUCAACUAUCUUAACAUGUCUGUGUGACAUAUCUGACGGACAUGAUGUUUUAAUGCAUCUACCAAGUUUCACCCAAGAGAAAUCAAAAGGAAGUAGCAUUAGAUGUGAUGAUUUAUUAACAAAACUCCAAGAUAUUGUUCCCAUGCUUCAAUCCCCUGUCCGUCAAUCAGUACAGAUAUAGAAAUACAAAAACUAUUCUUCAAUUUUCUGACUUUGAUGGAUGCCCUGAAGUUAUCUGCAUUAUUCUUAUAUCGUAAGGGUCCUCAGAGAUGGAGGCUUGUUUUCUAGAUACUCUUCAAAGAUCACCUUGAGAAAUUAAGGCUCUGCAUGUCAUUCUACUUGCCCCUUAUUCAUGCUGGCCGAAAGUUAAUGGAGAGACAUUUAUAAAGAUUCAGCAUUGUAUUAUGUGGAGCAGGAAAAGAUACAUUGGAUAUGGUUCCCAUGGACUUUGAAGGUUUCUUACCGACAGGCAGUUAUCCUAAUGCUCCUUUACAUUUAGAUAUGAGAUCGAUAAUGACAUGUUAUUUCACCUAGGUCUUCGUGCUGAUCUUAUCACAUGUAAAACCUUGCGGUCCUUGCCUUUGCCAGCCGCUACUGACUUUAUUCUGCUGUUUAGAGGCAAGAAAAAGGAUCAAGUCAUCUGAUGCUAUUUGUUGUUUGCAAGUUAGCAUUUACUGAAAUUGUCGAAUCCCAUCAUGGCCUAGCUUUAUAUUAACUAUGUAUUCUUUGACGUCUUCCGUGGGAUAUCCCUUUCAUACAUCAAUACCGCGGGAAACGAAGACGUAAUCAUUCCUAUCAUCCUUAGGUGGUCAUUACUUUGAGAUGAGACGCUGAAGACCGGGAAAAUCAGACCUCCUCAGGUCUAAUGGCUACUUCCCAUGUUUGGAUCUGAAGAGAGGACAAUCGGUGCAUGAUUAACGUUUUGAGGGAAUUCAAGCAACAACACCAUGGCAAUGAAGCUAUGCUGCUGACUCUUCAGACCAACUGGUUUGAGCGAGUUGGGAUGUUAAGUGAUCACUGCCAAGAUAGGGCCCCCCAGGCCCGCUUGGGGUCAUGAUUCUUUCAUAAUGCUCGCUGCUUGCAACUAUUUUGCUGCUCAUUAUUUCUCAACUUUUUUUUAUUCGAGUUGCAAGAGGAGUUUAUUGUCCUGGCCGUGCCCGGGCUUUAAGCAUAAUGCGUUUUGGUGGCAGCUAUCAUGCAGUUCAUCCAUCCUAUGACCAAAUGUCUUAUCUCACUUACCAGAGAGGAUUAUCAUCGUAAACCUAUCUUUAAAUUUAAUAGGUACGCAACUCUUAAGUAAAAUUGCAAGAUUCGGUGUCAUGUAAAUAUUGGUGUUUAUUAUGCCCAAGUUAUUAGAUAAAAGUUAUAAUUUUUUCUCCGCUAAUUUUUGCAGCUUAUUU